AUGAAAGGAUUUUUCGAAAAUUUAUUUAGGCAAAAUGUGAGAAGUGUAAUAAACACAGGAAAAAAAGUAGGAGCCAGAGCGGCAGCAAGAGAAAUAAUAAAUCAAGAAUGGGGAUAUCCAUUAGCAAACCAUGAAGUAUUAUUUUUAACAAAUGUAUAUCAACCAAAACAUAUGAAAAGACAUCCAUUUCAUAUAGUAAGAGGAACAGUAGCACCAUUAGCAGUAACUUUACCAUUAGGAUUUUUUGUAUUAAAUUAUUUUGGGGUAAUAAGUUCAAAAUUAGGAUUAUUAAUCGCUUUAAGUAGUUUUAUAGGGGGAUUAGUAAUAUGGACGAUAAGUAUAAUAUUUGAUAGUUUAUAUGAUCAACAACAUACAUAUGAAGUAAAAAGAGGAUUAGUAAUGGGAAUGAUGAUGUUUAUCAUUUCAGAAGUAAUGUUUUUCUUUUCAUUUUUUUGGUCAUAUUUUUAUAUCAGUUUAUCACCAAAUAUAGCAAUAGGAUGUGUAUGGCCACCAUAUGGAUUAACAGUAUAUUCAUAUAUGGGAUUACCAUUAUUAAAUACAGUAUUAUUAUUACUAUCUGGAGCAAUAUUAACAGAUGGUUAUACAAUAUUAACCGAACAAAAAGCGGUACAUGAAAAGAACGAAAAAGUAUUAGCAGUAGAAGAAGCAUUUAAAAAUUUAAUGAAUUUAUAUAAAACAAAAAACAGUAUAAAUACAUUAACCUUUGUAGAUGAAAGAAGAGACAAAUUUUUUGGAAAAGAAAGUAGACAAGAGGACAAGAUUGCAGAACAAAAAUUAAUAGCAAUAUCAGCAGGAGUAAAAGAAUUAAGAGAUUUAGAUUGGGAUUUAUAUUUUUUUGAAAACCCAGAAAAUAUAGAGCCAAAUUAUAAAGAACCAACAAACUUAUCCGUAAUAGAAUAUGCAUUAAUAACAAUCUAUUUAAAAAAAAGAAAUAAAGUAAUAAAAACAAGAUUAUAUUUUACAUUAUUAUGUGCAGUAGUAUUUUUAGCAUGCCAAGGUUAUGAAUAUUUUUUUGCACCAUUUAGUAUGAAUGACGGAAUAUAUGGAUCAUUAUUUUUCUUAUUAACAGGAUUUCAUGGAUUUCAUGUAUUAGUAGGAAGUAUAUUAAUAGGAAUAAUCACAAUAAGAUUUAUAGUAGGAAAUUUCAAUCUAUUAAAUGUAGGUACAAAUUUUCAAAUCUAUAAAAAUAAAUCAACAGGAUUUGCAUGUACAUUAUUUUAUUGGCAUUUCGUUGAUAUUGUUUGGAUUUUUCUAUAUAUUGUAAUAUAUUGGUGGGGAAGUCGAUAA